AUGUCGGGCUCCGGGACCCCAUCCCCAUCCAAGCUGUCGAUAUAUCCCGACUCGCCCCGAGACACGCUUCUGCUCGACACGCCCUCUGCUUUAGAGCACCAUAUCCGCGCUGCUCGUCUCGCAGCCACCGGCCAAGUCAACGCCGCCCACGAGCAGGUGCAAGGGCUUGUUUCGCGAUGGAUUGGGGUAGAAAACAGGGUCGAAACUAGAAUCAAGUCCCUGCUCCCGGCCGAUGAGCGCCUCGUGCCUGGGAUACUCUAUGUCGGCGUCGCGUUCCUCUCCGGCGCCAUUCUCGCCCGCCACCGCUCACUCCCACUCCGUGUUAUCCUCCCACCAACAUUUGGAGUGGCUGCCGCCACACAUUUCAAUCCCAAACUCACAUCUAACAUUCGCCGGUAUGCUUCCGACCUCGAGGACGAGUACACUCCGGGGCUCGCUCACACCCACGAGAUCGGGAAGGCGCAUACGGCUAUGGGCUGGGAGAUGCUGAAGGAGCGGGUAAAGUCGGCGAGCGAAACGACCAAGGGCGGCGUUACGGCAGCGCUCCAGAAGGUCCAGGAGACCACGGGGCUGAAGCUCACGGAGGCGUUGGGGGUCGCGAAGGAGGUAGAGAAAAGAGCGGAGACGGUUGUCGAGGAAAAACUGGAGGAGGUCAAGGAAAGGCUGGUUUAA